AUGUCUAAGCCUACGAAUGAGCCUACAAAAGAGCCUCCGAAUAUGUCCACGAACGAAUCCACGAACGAGCCUGCCUCACCAAAGCAGUAUAGCACACGCUUAACCCGAGACGAUCAUAUUCGUGUUCAAACCUUGCGAGAAGCAGGAUUUACCUAUGAACAAAUAGCGAAACAACUCAAUAUUACACAAAAUAAGGUUCAAUAUGCGUGUCAGUCUAGUCAGGUUACUCCUAAAAAGGCGCGUGGAGCUGCACCUAAGCUCUCUGAAUCUCAAAUGGAUGAGAUCAUUGAGUGGAUAUCUUCAUCUAAGAGGAAUCGUCGCAUGCCAUAUCCCAAGGUUAUCAAGGCGCUUAAUCUCAAUGUUACAUCAGGCUCUCAUACUCGCAUUUACGUGACUCGUAAGGCUCGUAAAGAAUUGGAUGAUACCUGUGUUCGUUCAAAAAUCUCACGACGUCGAGGAUGGAUGUUCUGGUCGUCAUUUCAUAGAAAUAUGAAAGACCCAUGUCUAUUUUGGGAAAAAGAAUGGAGCUCUAUCAAUGCUGAGCGGUACUGUGAACGAACUGUGCCAUUGAUUAAUGGAUAUCUUCGGUUAAUGCGCCAGGAGGGUUUAUAUCUACAGUUGAUGCAGGAUGGGGCCCCAGGGCACUCGAGUUCUUUUACGAAAGAAGAACUUCAUUCUUGA